AUGCGCUUCUCACCUGGGGCAAGGUCGCGCAGCCGGGCUGGGACCCGGCGCCGGCUCGCUGAGGCGCUUCCCGACAGGGUGACGCGCCGACUCCCCUCCCCGCGGCCAGCCCGCCCGCCCGCCCGCCUGCCCGCCUCGCCGCCGCCUCCUUCGCUCCCUCAGCGCGGGCCAGCGGCCGGGGCGGAGGUUCGGGGGCGUCGCGGCGCCGAGAGGGCGGGCGGCCGGGCUUCGGCGCACCCGGCGGCCCGGGUCCAGCGGCCGGUCGGUGCGCUGCGGGCGGGCGGGCGGCGGCGGCGGCGGGCGCCGGUCUAUAUGGCGGCGGCUCUGUCGGGCCUGGCUGUCCGGCUCUCGCGCUCGGCCGCCGCCCGCUCUUAUGGGGUCUUCUGCAAGGGGCUGACCCGCACGCUGCUCAUCUUCUUCGACCUGGCCUGGCGCUUGCGCAUCAACUUCCCCUACCUCUACAUCGUGGCUUCCAUGAUGCUCAACGUCCGUCUGCAGAAUGUUGGAGUUUAUCCUGGUAUGUGGUGUACGGUGUUGAUCCAUACUGACCUGUCUCUACCUGCCGCAAGGAAGCUUGUGCAUGUGACGGUUUUGUCCUUGUCCCUACGUUCACUGGAAAGCAAGCUUCUGGAAGACAGAUCCUGUUUUGUCCACUUGGUGCACCGUCCCCAUCCCUGUGCUCAGAACAGCACUGGCGUAGCUUCGGCUCUGUGAACACUGGCUGGUUGAAUCUGUAGCAGAAAAUACCGCAGGUUCAUAUUGAGAUCCACUGAAGGCCUUCCGCGGACUGACAGGCGUGUCCUGGGGCUCAGGGUGUCAGAGACACAGCAUGAGGGACGGACGCAGGCCUUUCUGCACCCGCUUCUCGGAGGAGCAGGGAGCGGGUGCCGCCUCGGACAGAGCCUUGUGCAGAGAACUGUGGAGUGAGAGAAGGCAGGAGGGGAGCCCUCGGCCCGCAGAUGUCGCUGCCCGGGGAGAUCCACGAAACGAGGAGUCGUCACUGAAAACAGAGCUUGACCUGCGUGGGGCCAGCCCCUUGCUUCGCGGUGGCCUCGAGGCACUUCCACGGUGGCAAGAACCGGUACAAAGCAGUUCAGCCUCAGCUGCCACGCAGAGCAACACUGCUGGUCUGUCCUCGGCUCCUGCAGGGGCGCGGUGUGCGGGGCUGGCCCGAGGCGCCGGGGAGACUCCGGGGAUGGACUGGCCAUGGGCAGUGCCCAUGCCCACUGGCGGCCACAGAGGACGGAGCCACGGCGGAGAGCCCUGGGGGUCCGGACUGCUGGGCCGGCAGAGCGGGUCCACAAAGGAGGAUUCUGAGGAUGAUCGGCCCCGUGCUUUCCUAGAGAAGCUGGACUCUGCGUUGGCACCCUCUUGCCUGCGAGCCAUCCUGCUGCACGCACAUCCCCUAAUAUUCUUGAAUGAUGAGACGAAAAGUGUUUUCCCUGGCCAUUCAGAGCCAAGAGUAGAAUACAAGAAAAUGCUUUCAUGGGAAGAAAGCAUCUCAGAUGAUCUGCAGAUAACAGUGGCGUCACUGGCUCUACAAGCUUUUGAAUGAGCAAAUCUGUUGUGCCACGGUUAAGGUACAGGCAGAACAAUAAAAAUAGCGAGAUUAAGCGCUCUCCUCGAAUGCUUUCUUUUGCGUUAACUCUGGGCACACACGGCAUGGCAGUGAACUUCUGGCUUUGAUUCGUGUGACCAGACAGACUUAAAGUCAGUGGGACUUAAACCCACAGAAAGCUGGCUGAUACGGAAGGAAAUCUCCGUGCUUGAGAGACAUUAAGGAUUGGGAAGCCAUGCCAAGGAGGUUAUUGAUGUUACCUUAUACACCUAUCAGACUAGAAUCGAAAGAUGUAACAGCAAGUUUUAAGUUUCCCUUCAGCACUCAUCCAGCAGGGCUGCCGUCCCAGGCACUAUCUCUCCAGCCUGUUCUCUGACCAUCUGACGAGAGUAGAUACUUGUAAAAGUCAACCCUGCUGGGCUUGGUCUGAGCCAGGCCAAGUUGAUGGUAAGCUGUUGUCAUUUCUGUGUUUUGUAGAAUAAUUUGAGCAAAAAGCUGAUGUCUUUUCUCACAUCCCUUUCCUUCCACUUGACAUGCAAUUUACAUGGAGGCCCUACGGUGAGAGUUGCAAUAUUAACAUUACCUUUAGAUAACCCUUCCUCAAACUAGGAACCCUGGCAGUGUUACCCACAAUAAAAAAUGAGCUCCACUGGAGCUCAGUCCUAGAGAAAAAAAAAGCAAGUAUUUCCCCUUAUAGAAGGUCUCCAGUUUCUAGGAGUUGAGAGAUCUCCUACACUAAUUUUUUCUGAGAUAACUCCUUUUGCCGUGUGUUGAUGACUUCAAUAAAAGGCACUGAAGAGCCGAAGUUUCUAAGGAGUCCCAGAGUAAGACGUCCCCAUUUUCGGAAUUAUCGACUGCAUAUAUCAGUUUAUAUUGUGUGCUAAAUUACUCUGCCGUGUGCUAUGUUAGUGUUCUGGGGAAAUGAAAAAUAAAACCCGUUCUUUAGCAUAAUAAAUGUCUUAUUUUA